CAGCCUCUGCACACGCUUCGUUCUUCUCCCCCAUGGCUCACUGCAAUCUUCUCGUCGCCAAUGCCGCCGUCGUGUUGUUUCUUGCAGUCGGAACCGAGGCGUCGUCCGGCGGCAUCGGGUUCAAGCUCCACCAUCGGUUCUCGCCGGUGGUCGGGCAGUGGAUGGAGGCGCGAGGCCAUGCCCCCGGUUUGCCAGACGACGCUCCGAAAGGCUCGAGAGAGUACCACUCCGCACUUCUCCGCCACGACCGUGCCGUCUUCGCCCGCCGCCGCGGCCUCGCCAACGCCGACGGCCAGCGCACCCUCACCUUCGCCGACGGCAAUGCCACUCGCCUCGAUAGCAGCCUGCAUUACGCGGAGGUGGAGGUGGGCACGCCGAGCUCGAAGUUCCUGGUGGCGCUGGACACCGGCAGCGACCUCUUCUGGCUGCCCUGCGAAUGCAAGGUGUGCGUCAACACCACCACGGGCCUGCCGUACAGCCCGAGCCGGUCGUCCACGAGCAAGGCGGUGCCGUGCGGCCACCCGCUCUGCGAGCGUCCGGACGCCUGCGGCGCCGGCGCCGCGGGCACGGGCAGCAGCAGCAGCAGCUGCCCCUACGAGGUGAAGUACGUCUCCGCCAACACCGGCUCGUCCGGGGUGCUCGUGGAGGACGUGCUGCACCUCGUCGACGGCGGCGGCAAGGCGGUGCAGGCGCCGAUCGUGUUCGGGUGCGGCCAGGUUCAGACGGGCGACUUCCUGCGCGGCGCUGCCGCCGGCGGCCUGAUGGGGCUCGGCAUGGACAAGGUCUCCGUGCCCAGCGCGCUGGCCAGCAGCGGCCUCGUCGGGUCCGACAGCUUCUCCAUGUGCUUCAGCCGAGACGGGGUCGGCCGGAUCAACUUCGGCGACGCCGGCAGCCCGGACCAGGCGGAGACGCCGUUCAUCGCCGCCGGGAGCUUACAGCAUCCUUAUUACAACAUCAGUGUCGGAGCGAUCACCGUGGACAGCAAGGCUAUGGCCGUGGAGUUCACCGCCAUCGUGGACUCCGGCACGUCGUAUACAUACCUCAACGACCCGGCUUACACAUUGUUCACGACCAAUUUCAAUUCAAGGGUUUCCGAGGCUAGAGACACUUACGGGAGUGGCUAUGAAAGGUUCGAGUAUUGCUACAGAUUGAGCCCAGGCCAAACAAGUAUGAGACGGCUGCCGGCGAUGAGCCUGACGACCAAGGGAGGCGCCGUGUUCCCCGUGACGUGGCCCAUCAUCCCCGUUCUUGCCAGCACCAACGACGGGCCGUACCACCCCAUCGGCUACUGCUUGGGUGUCAUCAAGAACAGCAUCUUCAGCACCGAGGACGCCACCAUUGGCCAAAACUUCAUGACCGGGCUCAAGGUCGUCUUUGACCGUAGGAGAUCAGUCCUAGGAUGGGAGAAGUUCGAUUGCGAGUGUUACAAGGAUACUAAGAUGCAAGACGGCGGGAGCCCGGACACUUCCCUUGGGAGCCCUGCCGGUGACUACUCUGCUCCGGGGAGCCCCAACGGCGACGAUUAUGUUCCCUACGUGCCACUGCCAUGGGAUGGCAACACAACCGAUGGACCGUACUACCCCGGCAGGGUGCCCCUGACGUGGCCAGCGAGGUCAGGUUCAGGCAGCAGCAGCCGGGCGUCGUUUGGAGGCAUCUUCUCCUUGAUGCUGCUGCUUCAUGUGCUGGCUGUGAUGAUAUCUGUGUCUUGGUGA